CUAUAGCGAAGAAAGAGAGAGAGAGCUGGUUGAUGGGGAGGGGCAAAACAGUACACUCAAAAGGUGAGGUGUAAUAAUGGUGGACAAAGCAGAAAGGCAAGCAGCAUUCAAUGCAGACAUGUUUGUAUUAACUGUCAGUAGUAAAUGAGGAAUUGAUUGGUCUGAAAGGAUUGGCUUUUGUUUUGCUCUUUGGCCGCUGCUACUUACAACCUCAGCGAGAAAACACAGCACAAAAAAGGGGGUGGUUGGUGAGGGAGCACCGAUAGUAGGCCAGCAGGGGUUGAGAGUCUCCUCUGUUUCUCUUCGUUGUGCUCUUGUACUUCCUUCUUUAUUACUUAUCAUUGUUCCUUCUCGGGGAGUUUCAAUUUGGGGUAGUUUUUGUUUUCCUUCAUCUUUUUAAAGAGUUUUGAAGAGCCAGUUUUUGGCUUGUUCUUUUAAUCCUCUGAUGCUUUGAUUUUGUUCUUGGCAUGUCUUUGAAUCUGGGUUUCGCAUCUUUGGUGGGGUUAAGGCUUUGGGGUGUUGUUGAAUUUGAAUUGGAAGCUUCAAAUUAUGGGCCCUUGAAGGAUGAUAUGCUAAAGCUAACUCUUCUUUGAUCAAGCUGAAGCCUUUUAUUCUAAUCAGACAUAACCUUUGUUUUCCUUUUUAUUCCUUUUCUCUUCUUUAUGACCAUACCCUCUUUGAUCUUACAAAAGGUCUGAGUCUUAGCUCAACAGACUUUGUUUCUGUUAUUUUGAAUGUUUUAGGCAAUAAAGUAAAGGGCUUUCCUCUCCCUCUCUGUGUGCCUAACUUACAAUUAUUUUUAAAAAGCUAAAGCUUGAUUCUGAAACAAAACAUAAACCCCUUUUGCUUUCCACCCUGGUUUGAAACUUGUUCUGCUUUAUAUGAGGCUUCUUUGAAUAAGACAAGCAAAAGGUUGGGUUCUUGGUUGAGCUUGGCCUGGUUUUUCUGCCUUCAUAUUAGCUAGAUUUGAUACAGAGUGAGUGAAGAGAGCCAGCCAUUCAUGCAUUUUUCACUAUGGAAACCAAUAUCCCAUUGUGCAGCUUUAAUAGCGGACAAGAAAAGCAAUAGGAGAAAUGGUACUGGUUUGAGGGAGGACGCAAAGAGAAAGACUUCCAUUCUCCGCCAAUUGGAAGAAAACAAACUCAGAGAAGCUCUUGAAGAAGCGUCUGAAGAUGGUUCCCUUGCUAAAUCCCAAGAUAUUGAUUCUGCGUCUUUGAAUCAAGAAGGAAACAUUGGACGAUCAAGGUCACUUGCUAGGCUUCGUGCCCAAAAUGAGUUCCUGAACGCCACCUCUCUUGUUGCAGACCGAACUUUUUGCUUUGAAGAUUCCAUUCCAGACCUCCAUGAUGCCUUUUCCAAGUUCCUCACAGUGUACCCCAAGUUUCAAGCAACGGAGAAGAUUGACCAUUUGAGAUUGGAGGAGUAUGGGCAUUUAUCUGAAUCUUCAGCUAAGGUAUGUCUUGAUUAUUGCGGUUUUGGGCUAUUCUCUUAUAAUCAAACUCAAGAGUAUUGGAAUACAUCAGCAUUUACUUUGUCUGAAAUAACUGCAAAUUUGAGUAAUCAUGCUCUUUACGGAGGUGCCGAGAGUGGCACUGUGGAACAUGAUAUAAAGACUAGGAUUAUGGAUCAUUUGAACAUCCCUGCAAAUGAGUAUGGCCUUGUUUUUACUGUUAGCAGAGGGUCAGCAUUUAAAUUGCUUGCUGAAGCUUACCCUUUUCAAACGAAUAAAAAAUUGUUGACUAUGUUUGAUCAUGAGAGCCAGUCUGUGAUUUGGAUGGCUCAGUCUGCUAAAGAGAAAGGCGCUAAGGUUUACAAUGCUUGGUUUAAAUGGCCUUCCUUGAAACUUUGCUCUAGGGAGCUGAGAAAGCAAAUUUCGAACAAGAAAAAGAGGAAGAAAGGUCAUGCAAAUGGUCUUUUUGUAUUUCCUGUUCAAUCUAGAGUGACUGGGGCAAAGUAUUCUUACCAGUGGAUGGCACUUGCUCAACAAAACAAUUGGCAUGUAUUGCUCGACGCUGGGUCAUUAGGUCCCAAGGAUAUGGAUUCGCUUGGCUUGUCCUUAUUUAGGCCAGAUUUUAUUAUCACAUCAUUUUAUAGGUUGUUUGGAUAUGAUCCAACUGGUUUUGGAUGCCUUCUGAUCAAGAAAUCUGUGAUGGCAAGUUUGCAAAAUAAGUGUGGGCAUACCGGGUCUGGAAUGGUGAAGAUCCUCCCUAUUUAUCCGCAGUACCUGAGUGACUCUGUAGAUGGGCUUGAUGUUUUAGCUGGACUUGAAGAUGAAACUGCUAAACACAAUGAAGAAUCAUUGCUUGAGAGAAAUGGUGGGUCACAGAUGCCUGCUUUUUCUGGCGUUUUUACUUCCAAUCAGGUCAGGGAUGUUUACGAGACUGAGGUGGAUCAUGAUAAUAGUUCAGAUAGGGACGAAGCAAGCACCAUUUUUGAGGAAGCUGAGAACCUUUCAGUUGGUGAUCUCAUGAAAAGUCCAAUUUUCAGUGAGGAUGAAUCAUCGGACAAUUCAUACUGGAUUGAUUUGGGUCAGAGUCCAUUUGGGUCGGAUGAUUCUGGCCAACUGACCAGGCAGAAAACAGACUCAGCCUUGCUACCAUCAUGGUUUUCUGGGAAGAGAGACAAUAAGCGGCUGUCUCCAAAACUGACUUCAAAAAUACCUAUGAGUCCAAUUUACGAUGACAGAAAUAUAAACAUGAGAUUGCACGAAGAUCAUGUGUUGUCGUUUGAUGCAGCUGUAUUGUCGGUGUCACAUGAGUCAGACCAAGUUGAGGAGAUCCCUGAAGAACAGCCUGCUGAAACCAACCCUGCUUCGGGAGAUAAUGGAAAGUAUAAAGAUUCCAAGUACUUUGGGGAGAUUCAAGAAGAAUCUGGUAUCAGAGAUGAGUCAAAGCUGGCUAAUUCUAUGUUGAGUUCUAAGGCAAAUGGAUUCAAACUGAAGAAUGGUGUGCUUGAGAAUACCUUGGCCUCUGAAAUCUACCAAGAAAAAAAAGAAAGUGCUAUAAGGAGAGAGACUGAGGGUGAGUUUAGACUGUUGGGAAGGAGGGAAAGGAGUAGGUUUGGGGAUGGUAGAUUUUUUGGUUUGGAAAAGGAAGAUCAGGUGGCAAGCAUGGGUCGCAAAGUAUCUUUUAGCAUGGAAGACAACCGCACUGAAAACCCAGGCUGCUUGGAGCCUGGAGAAAUCUCAUUGACUACCUUGGCUGAUGAUGAAUCUGGUAGUGAUGAAGAGUAUGAUGAUGAUGAGCAAGAGUGCAGCAGAAAGGAGCCAGAGAUAAUUUGCCGGCAUCUUGAUCAUGUUAACAUGUUGGGUCUAAACAAAACUACCCUUAGACUGCGUUACCUGAUCAAUUGGCUUGUUACCUCAUUACUUCAACUUCGGCUACCUAGUUCGGAUGAAAGCAGGGAAGUGCAUCUUGUGCACAUAUAUGGCCCAAAGAUCAAAUACGAAAGAGGUGCUGCUGUAGCCUUUAAUGUGCGGGACAGCAAGGGAGGAAGACUAAUUGACCCAGACGUUGUUCAGCAUCUAGCUGAGAAGAGUGGUAUUUCUCUCGGCAUUGGUAUACUCAGUCAUGUACGAGUUGUGGACAAUGUGAAGCAGCAGUGCAGGGCACUUGAGCUUGAAGAUUCAACACUGUGUAAGCCAAUGGCUAAUGGUUGCCAAGAUGGUAAAAACUUAUUUUUUCGAGUAAAAGUUAUUACAGCAUCACUUGGUUUCCUGACCAACUUUGAAGAUGUUUACAAGACAUGGGCUUUUGUGGCCAAGUUUCUUAAUCCAUCAUUUGUUGAAGAGAAUGAUUUAUCCACAAUAUCUGAAGGUUCAGAAACAUAGGUCUGGGAGGCUUGUAUGUAGGUUUUGUUUUCAUUAAAGGUAAAAUGGUAAAACCAAAAAAGAUGGACCCUUCUGAUAUCCCUUCCAACUUCCACCAAGGAGGAUAUCUGCAACUGAAAUUGAUUGGAGAUGCUGAAGCCGGCUGGAAAGGAUACAAAGAUAUGGUACCAAGUGGUCUGGUUCCCUUUGUCUUCCCUUGGAGCAAUUCCUUGUGAGAAGAUGAUUUUUUUUUUCGUUUUUCAUUCUUGUUAAAAAUAUCUUUUUGGUGUAUUAAUCAUGUUUGAGCAUCAUUGUAGAGUUUGGUUCAAAAUGGCAUGUCAGCUUCAGAAUUAAGUAUUUGGUAAUCCAAAAUAGAAUUGAAAUGGUUUUGAAGUCCCAUGACAGCUUCCACUAUUGGCAAAUAUAGUUACUUUGUAAAAUUUUGUCUGGCA